AUGGCUGACAAAGGAUCGGUAGCGGCUAAAUCGCUUACCAACUCUGCACCCUUAUCCAUCUUUUCUUACUGUGCUGCAUCAAUUCUGAUGACAGUUACCAAUAAGUAUGCCGUGUCCGGUGUCGAUUUCAACUUUAACUUCUUUUUGCUUGCCGUUCAGGGAAUCGUUUGUAUUACCUUGAUUAGCUCGUUGAAGCAAUUGAAUGUUAUCACCUUUAGAGAGUUCAACAAGGUUGAAGCAAAGAAAUGGUUCCCAAUCGCCGUGCUGUUAGUUGUCAUGAUUUAUACCUCCUCCAAGGCUCUACAGUAUCUGAGCAUUCCAAUUUACACGAUAUUCAAAAACUUGACCAUUAUCCUUAUUGCUUAUGGUGAAGUCAUCUGGUUCGGAGGCCGUGUGACCAACUUGGCUCUGGGCUCGUUUGUAUUGAUGGUGCUCUCCUCUGCAGUGGCUUCUUAUGGUGAUUCUAAUGUUGACACUGGUAAACUCAAUUUUAACAUUGGCUAUUUCUGGAUGUUCACCAACUGUUUCUCCUCUGCCGCAUUUGUGUUGUUCAUGAGAAAGAGAAUAAAGUUGACCAACUUCAAAGACUUUGACACCAUGUAUUACAACAACCUUCUCUCCAUUCCAAUUUUGCUCUUUGCAUCUUUGACUACUGAAGACUGGUCCGCUAAAAACAUAGCUCAGAACUUCCCUGAAGACACCAAAUACGCUGUCAUCGCUUCCAUGAUUAUUUCAGGAAUGUCUGCCGUGGGUAUCUCAUACACAUCUGCAUGGUGUGUCCGUGUGACAUCUUCCACGACAUACUCGAUGGUUGGUGCUUUGAACAAGCUUCCAAUUGCCCUGUCUGGUUUGCUAUUUUUCAAGGCUCCUAUCAACUUCUAUUCUAUCAGCUCUAUCUUUAUUGGUUUUGCCGCUGGUCUAGUCUAUGCCAUUGCCAAGCAGAAGCAAAAGAAGGAAGACGAGUUGCAGUUACCAACUGACAAGAGCUAG